AUGAAAACGAAAGACAAACAUCGCCCUCAUAACCGUUUCCGCUCCCGCGAUGGCUUCAAGCCUUCCACCAUGAAAAGAAGGACAGAAAUGCAGAGCUCCUUCAUGAAAUUCUCUCUUUUCCUCGUCGUCGCGCUGUGCCUGCAAACGGAUGCAAACGAACACCCACAGUCCAUGCCAUGGCGCUCCAACCGCCAUGCUCUGUCAACAGCAACGAGCUGCGAGAUGCGGUUCAGGAGCUCCUCGGAGCCUGGGGUCCCUCCUAGGCUUUCACACGUCAUGCAGCUGCGAGGAGGGAGGAGAGGAAAGGAUGCCUCUGGGCGCAACUCGAAGACGAAGCAUUUGCUUGCGGAUGAUGAUGAUGAGGGGGAGGAGGGGUUGGAGCCUGUUGAACUUGCGGGGCCGCCUCCUGCUGGUGGACUAUCAGACUCAGAGGAGAUAGAUCAGCUCAACGUUGCUCCUCCCGAUCAGUCUGACUUCCUCUUCCUCCUCCACUUGCCAGAAGAGGUCCCAAGCGGGUGGGAUCCAGACCAGGAUUGGAACCUUCGAAUCUCGAGCAAGACGUGGUGGAAGGAGAUGAGAGAGAGAUCAACCUUUGACAGCCUGCCGGAUGCGUGGAGCAAAUACCAGCACGCGAUCAGGAUAGGAGCUGUCCCUUGGCUCUUGGAGGUCUUGAGCCAAUCCAACAUCGCGAGUCUGGGGACUAACAAGAGGAUGAUCAGGUGGAAUCAGACGGCCAUGCAUCUUGCGGCGCAGAGAGGGAACGUCAAGACCCUCCAAGUCCUGCUCGAUCACGGGGGAGACAUCCAGGCUAAGCGGCACCGUCAGGAUGGAAAUAGAAUGACCCCGCUCCAUUCUGCUGCGAUCUACGGGAGAACGGAGACAUGCAAGUUCUUGAUCGAGGCUGGAGCAGACAGGAACGCGUUGGACGUCGAGGGUUACACGGCCCUUGACCAUUCCAUCGACCUCAAACGAGAGAACACAACGAAGCUGCUCCUAGAGUUCGGGCGAUCAAGAACUCAGAAUGGAUCCCCGACCCGCUAUGGCCUGACGGGCAAGAGAAGCAUGCGAGUCCACCGUGACGUGGUAAAGUUGCUCAUCAGGUACAAGCGAGACCCGUGCAGAGACAGUGAUGACAGAAACUCGAACGAGACGGACACGGAUGAGCUCAUCAAACAGAUCUACGCCAUUCGAUACGAACAUCCCAUGUUCGCGGGAGCAGAGAUCAUGGAAGACAACGACGUCGAAGAGCCAUUCAUGAAGAAGAAGGCCAAGAAAGUCCAACAAGCAGACAUCUCGUCAGAUGUGGAGACUGACUCUUGGGAGUCGUUCGAGGAAGAGAUGAGGAAAAACAAGAGCUUGCAGAGCGAUGAGAAGAUCGAGCAUGAAGACAAACAAGACAGAAAGGACGAGCUCAGCAAAGGAUGGUCAAGUGAUUGA